UGGGCUGGCUGCCUCAGGAACGGAGGUCAGGAACGGAGGUCCCAAGGACUGAGGGCAAGCUGAAGUCCCUAGCCACUGUUCCCCUACACCAGACUUUCCCAACAACCUAGGCCUUGGCCCAGGAUAGAAGUCAUGUGGAGCCUAGAAUAGCUCCUGCUGGACAUUGUGGCCAGGCCAGGCUCCAACGAGGGACACAGGGCCUCUGCCUGUUUUCCUCCUUUCGUCCUCUCUGCCUGUAAUCUUUUCCUCUUUCCUUCUGACACCAUCCUUUUCCCCAUAUGCUCAUGAGCUGGUCCCCAGAGGAGUGCAGGGGCCAGAGAGAGCCUCAGGAUGACAGGCACUCCCUCUGUGCCAGGCUGGUGGAGAGGCCUGACAGAGGGUCCGAGGAGCACCUUGAGCCUGGCCUGGGACCUAUCAUCAUCGCCCGCACAGCUUCGGGGCCUGCCCUUGCUUUCUGGCAGGCAGUACUGGCUGGGGAUGUAGGCUCUGUCUCUCGAAUCCUCGCGGACUCCAGCACUGGCCUGGCUCCCGAUUCCAUCUUUGAUACCAGCGACCCAGAACGAUGGAGAGAUUUCCGCUUCAACAUCCGUGCUCUGAGACUCUGGUCUCUGACAUACGAAGAGGAACUGACCACUCCACUGCACGUGGCGGCCAGCCGUGGCCACACCGAAGUUCUUCGGUUGCUGCUGAGGCGUCGAGCAAGUCCAGACAGUGCCCCUGGGGGGCGCACUGCCCUGCACGAGGCCUGUACUGCGGGCCAUGCUGCUUGUGUCCAUGUGCUGUUGGUGGCGGGAGCAGACCCCAACAUCCCUGACCAGGAUGGGAAACGCCCUUUGCAUCUCUGCCGGGGUCUCGGUAUCCUUGAGUGUGUGGAGUUGCUCCUUAAGUUUGGGGCACAAGUGGAUGGUCGGACCGAGGAUGAAGAAGAGACUCCUUUACAUAUAGCUGCCCGGCUUGGCCAUGUGGAACUAGCAGACCUGCUUCUGAGAUGGGGUGCCCAUCCUGACGUCCGCAAUGCUGACGGUUGGACGCCACUUCUGGUUGCCUGCGAUACCCACUCUCAAUCCCCCCAGGAUGCCGAGGCCACCACCAAUCGCUGUUUCCAACUGUGCAGCUUGCUGAUCUCGGUUGGGGCAGAUGCGGAUGCCGCUAACCAGGACAAGCAGCGUCCCCUGCACCUGGCCUGCCGCCAUGGCCACUCGGCUGUUGUGGAGCUGCUCCUGUCGUGUGGUGUCAGCACUAAUGCCAUGGAUUAUGGGGGACACACACCUCUGCAUUGCGCUCUGCAAGGUCCAGCUACAGCCCUGGCCCACAGCCCUGAGCACAUGGUGCAAGCUCUGCUCAACCAUGGUGCUGUCCGAGUCUGGCCAGGGGCACUCCCCAAGGUGCUGGAUCGCUGGUGCAUGUCCCCACGGACCAUCGAGGUCCUGAUGAACACCUACUGUGUAGUGCAGCUCCCUGAGGAGGCCAAGGGCUUGGUACCACCUGAAAUUCUACAGAAACACCACAGGUUCUACACUUCCCUCUUUGGCUUGGUGAGGCAGCCCAGGUCGCUGCAGCAUCUCUGCCGCUGUGCACUCCGCUGUCACCUGGAGGGCUGCCUGCCCCACGCGCUGCCACGGCUUCCGCUGCCACGUCGCCUACUCCGCUUCCUGCAGCUGGACUUUGAAGAUGUGCUCUAUUAGGUGUGCGCUGCUUUGGGAACUAAGCAGGCUCCCCAAAGGAUACCUCUCUGCAAAGGGAGGAUGAAUCAAGUCAGGCCAGCGUGCCAGUACAAGGUCCAUCUUCAAGUCAGGAGUGGAUGCCUUGAUUUACACUUGAGAGAAGAGGCCAGGCCAGCAGCUGAUACCAAUGCAGAGCGUGCCUGUGCUAAUCUGUAUGUGCACUGGAAACCUGUAGGCUGAAGGCCAGAACAGUGGUGCACGUGUUGUCUUACCCCUUGGGAGGAAGAGGCAGGAGGGCGG